AUGCAGCUGCGCAUAGAGAGCGGCGACGACGCCGUCAUGGCCGACUACUUUGAUGACGCGCUGCUGAUGGCGGCGGGGCGCGAGCCGUUUGCGCUGGUGGAGGCGGCGGUGACGGCGGCGGCGGCCCUCAGCGGCGGCGCGCGCCCGCUGCGCGACAAGCAGCUGCCGCCCAACCUGGACGUGUUUGGGUGGUGCAGCUGGGACAG